GUGGAUGUGGGGGCUCUUCGUGCCAGGAUAUUACAGAUGGAGCAAAGCCAAGAAGAACAGGCCAGAACACGGCAAGCACAGGAAGCAGAGUUUGGACGAAAAAGGGCCCAGUUUAUGGACAUGUUUAAGAAGAAAGAGGAAGAACUGAAGGAAUUGCAACAUGUCUUUGGUACCACCAAAAAAGAAAAUGACAACUUGAAGGAAGAACUUCAUCGCUUGAAAACCGAGCUUGAAGACUUCCAUACUGCUACUGAUCUGUUCAAGCAAGAUGCAAUGGAGGAUAUGCAGCUUAAACACCAGCAGGAGUUAGCAUCCAUGCAACAAAUUAUGGAGGAAGCUACAGAGGGAGUGAGAGAUUCUGUGAGAGCUCAGUAUGAACAAGAAAGAGCAAGCCUCUUGAAGACCAGAGAAAGGUUGGAAGCAGAAGUGCAGGAACUGAAAAGCAAACUGACCCAAGAAAGAGAAGGGUUUUUGUCGUCUGUAACAAAAACCUUGAAAAGAGUUGGUGUUGGAGCUCAGUCUGAAGCAGAAAACUUAGAAGAACAUAUGAAAAAGGCCCAAGAGGAUGCUCAGAUGUUGAAAUCAGUGGUAUUACCCUUGGAAGAAGAGAUUGAGUCACUCAAGACUAAGCUACGAGAAUAUGAAGGCCAGCGAGGCCUGUCCCCAUCACUAGUGGAAUUUGAACGUCGUGAGAAGUCACGAUCCAGAAGUCAGUCACCAGCAUUGGAUCUGGAUGAGAAGGUGAAGGAACUUAAUCAUUCUCUGGAGGUUGAGAAGUCAUCUCGCACUGACCUGGAGAUGUACACAGCAGUCCUCAACACACAGAAGUCAGUCUUGCAAGAUGACAAUGAUAAACUGAGGAAAGAGUUGCAUGAAGUGUGUCGUCUGCUAGAGAAAGAACAGAAGGAGCACAAUGACCUCAAGCUGACCUGGCAGAUGGCCAAUGACCAGUUCCUGGAGUCCCAGAGGUUAAUGAUGAUGGACAUGAGGAGAAUGGAAAGUGUGUUGUCUGCUGAGCAGCAGAGGCAAAUUGCAGAGAUGCAGAAGAAGGACCAGGACCGCGAAGCCCAGGAAAAGAAAGUUAGGGAUUUGGAACAGCAGAGGAAGGAGCAGGAGCAGAGGAUAGCAGAUGAAGAAAAACAGAGACAGGAUCCAACAAUGAGCCCACCAAAGGGUCUGUCCCCAGAAAGUGACCAAGACGGAUCAUUCACAGGAUCCAAAACUUCUCUGAACUCUCUACAACAAGAUGACUUGUUGAACUUUUUUGACACUGACAAUAGGGGAGAGGGUGAAGGGGCUGAGAUACCCAAAUCCUUCUCCAGUUCUCACAUAGCAAAUUUUUCCAAGGAGAUAUCAGAAAAUAGUGGGCUCCAUGAAACCAAGUCAUUGCAGGGUGUGGAUGGGGCAGGAUCUACCAUAAGGCCCAGCCCUGACAGGAUAAUACAUAUUCCUGGCCUGACACAAGAGCAACAGAAAGCGUUAAAAGAUCCCACCCCUGAACAUGAAGCUAGUAAAAGUUUAGUGGCCACAGUGAAGUCCCGGUCAGACACAAUCAACCUAGCUGGCAAGAGGACUGUCAGUGAGAGGGAAUGGUUGUGGCUGCAGGACGAGUUGAAAGCAGCCAGAGCAAAGUUGGGACGGCCCUGUGAUAUGUGCAAUAACUAUGAAGCUCAGCUGGUACAAGUGCAAAAGCAAGAACAAGAGGCUCAAGAAAAAAUCAAAUCCUUUGAGAGACAGUUAGAUGUAGAGAAAAGAGCUUUAGAAGCUACCACAAAACUAAAAGAGGAACUGGAAGAAACACUAAAAACUGCAGCAGAGCAAACUCAACAACAGAUAGCCACUUUAAAUACAAAAGUCCAGGAGUCUGAGAGGUUUAUGUCUCAACUCAGGCAACAGUAUUCCCAAGCAUUUACUGAUCUCCAGGAACAGUUGAAAACAUUAACAGAAACAAGAGAAGAGAUACAAAAAGAGCUGACACAACUCCAAGAAGAAAAUGAUGCAUUGCUGGGCAGGCAUUCCAAGACAGCACAACAGCUACAGAAUGAGGAGAUUAACCUUCCAAAUAAUGUGGAGGAGAUGCAGCUUCUUCUACUGAAAUAUAAGGAAGAGAUCAUUGCAGCCAAGGUGGCCAAGGAGCAUGUGGAACACAACCUGAAGAGUGAGAUCAUGUUCCUGAAGGACCAGAUACUGGCUGAGCAGCAGGAGAGGGCCAAUGUGGAGGAGGAGAUGUCUAGAGAAGUCAACUCUCUGCAAGAACAGCUUGCACUAUUACAAAGUGUCAAAUCAGAACUGGAGCGGGAGUCAAAAGUGAGGUUAGACUUAGAGGCCAAGUUAAAAGAAGUCGAGUCUCAGCUCAAAUCAAGCCAGGCAAAGUCUUCACAGUUGAUUAGUGGCCUUCAAAGCCAGCUAGCAGAACAGAAUACCAAAAUGACUAAAUUAGAAGAAGACUUAAUGAAAGCAAGAUCAAAAGUCUCAUCCCUUCAAGUUGACCUUGAUAACAGUGAAGCAGUACAGAGGGAUUUUGUCAAACUUUCACAAUCACUACAGAUUCAGUUAGAGAAAAUCCGACAGAGUGAAAAUGAAGUGCGGUGGCAACAUGAGGAGGACACAGAUGAAUGCACUGGAUGCAGCCAGCCAUUUUCUGUAACAAAGCGCAAGCAUCAUUGUCGGCACUGUGGUAGGAUAUUCUGUUCAGAUUGCACAGCAAAGACUGUGGUCAGUGGACCAAACCUUAGACAGUCCAAAGUAUGUGAUGUGUGUCACACCAUACUGGUGAAGGAUGCCACACCAUUCUUCAGCACAGAACCACCCCCUUCAUAGCGGAAAUGGUCCACAGGCACAACUUUUAAACCCCCACCCUUGAAAAGAUAUUAUCUAGGGAUAAAGUUUUCAUGCCACCCUCUCCAUAGUAUGACAUCUUUGAUACCUUCAUAGCAAACAUGACCCUGGUUGCUGAUUUUCUUAAAAACUUCAAGAGCCUUAUCAGGCAGCUUCUGUGGAAAUCUUACAUUUAAUGUAGAAUUUUCAGAUCAACGUUAAUAUGUGCUAUCAAGAGAGAAUUGUACAUUCUUUCUUUUAUCCAGUGUAAGAAGUUGUGUUUGGAGUAGUUGUGCGGCUUGUAAAGAUGGCAGUAGCAAACAUACUAGUCACAAUUAAACAUUUUAGCUGUCAUUCUGAAGGAUUGUGAAUGCAUGGGAAUCAGUCAGAGUGCUUCACUUUGUAAGUAAAAAUGUUCUUUCUUUUAUGUCUAACUGGCUGUGACUUUUAGAUUAAUCUGCAAAACUAUUAGCACUAUUUACUGUGAUACUAUACACUUAUUUAGGUGUUUUGCAGUAUAAACUAAGACAUUCUUGGACAGAAUCAGUUAGUUAUGGGGCCUUCAAAAGUUAAGCUAAGCAAAACUAAUUGCAAGAUAAUCCAGCUUAGUUGUUCAGUGAUGUUUUUGUUACCUGUAUUGAACAAUGAUAUUAGUGUUUGUUAGUAAGUAGUUCCUCUGCUACAUGUUAGUAAAAAGAAUAAAAACGUACAGCCAUUUUUUUUGACAUUACAGCUGAUGAAUAGAUUAUACUAUAACAUGCAAUGUUAACUUUAGCAUUUUAUCAGAUCAUUUACUAGAAAUAUUUGCAUGCUGUGUAUGCACUAAUUACUUUUAACUGGAAGUAACCAACUGUUCUCUGUCAUCAUCAUCUCUAAUGAGAUUUCAAACAAGACUAAAGGCAGUCUUUUCUUUUUGUACUUUUUGUCAUACAUUGGGUAGAUAUUUUUCUAAUUUGGUAGAUUUCCAAUGAAACAGCAUUAAAUGUCAUCUGCCCUUACCCAAAUCUAUAUCUGAACUACUGCAUUUAGGGCUAUAAAUGUUAUUUUUGACUACUGCCCUAUUUAAUAAAUAUGUGGAAGAAAUUUCAUAACCAGACACUUGGAAGUUUAUGGUUGCCAUUAGUUACAAACUGUUGACAGUGUGCAUGUAGCAUGAGAUUGUGUUGUCUGUCUGCUGUUUGUAACAGUAAAUGUUUAGUAGACUACAUGGAGGCAUUGACAUCACCACAAGCUUAUAUCAAACCGAAGCAUAUUUGAUGAUUUGAGUGAAAAUUGAACUACUGAAAUGUUUGUGUGCAAUGUUGUUGAUUAAAAUGUAUGGGAGGUUGUAGGAAGAUGUGGAUUGUAUGUUUAGGGUUAGGCAUCUGGCUUGGCCACAAUUGCGACUUGUGAAAUUGUAAAUACUAUUUCAUUUAAUGUAAUAAGCUUCAGUAUUAAAGGUGCAGAAUUUCUUUCCAGUUAAGGACUGCUUGAUUCACAGUUAAGUUUAAAUAUAGAAGAGCUUAUUGUAUUUGUACAUUCUUGUCACACAUAUGCUGGUUUUAAAGCAAGUUCAUUGUUUUAUAUAAAUGUUUUGUUGG